UCCUAGUAAUUUUUCAUUUGCUUUCUUUUCCCGCUCACCAUUUGCAAAAUUAGGGCACAAAACUCACAUUUCUUCUACAGAGAGAAACCAUGGAAUCCGAGACUGGGGAGAACGAAGAAGGAGGACCCUCAUCGUUUCCAUUGCUCGAUUGGGAUCGUAAAGCCGAAGAGGAGCUCAGAUCCAUCGAAGAGUCCUACGCCAAUUCCAAGCGCAAGAACUCAUCGCCCAAUCUCGAUCUCGAUGUCAACGAAGGCGCUUCUGAUCAGCGGCGAUCCAAGGGCCGGCGUUUGCCCAGCUGGGCCAAAUCCUCCGCCUCGUCGGCAGUCUCGACCGUCGGUUCCUGCCAACGGAGCUGGGCUCCCUCUCCUUCUCCUUGUCGAUCUAAUUUAAAAAUGAAACGCCAACGAAUGAAUUUUGGCGGACGAAUCGUAUACUGUAGGACGUUCGUUGAAGCUGAGCAAGCCGCCGUGGAGCUUUUCGACAAAAUUAAAGCGAGGAAACGGAAUGAGGGCCGGAUCUCCGUCGGAUUUGAUAUCGAAUGGAGACCUACAUUCAGACAAGGAGAGGCUCCAACGAAAGCUGCAUUAAUGCAGAUAUGCAUGGACAAUUCUCACUGCUAUGUAAUUCAUAUCAUUCAUUCUGGAAUUCCUCCUAGUUUGAAGUGCUUGUUGGAAGAUUUGUCAUCUAUUAAGGUCGGAGUAUGGAUUGCCAAUGAUGCAAUGAAGAUGUCGAAGGAUUAUAACGUUAAUGUGGAACCUCUUGAUGACUUGUCAGAAUAUGCAAAUCUUAAGCUUGGUGGAGCGAAGAGAUGGAGUUUAAGCUCUUUAACAGAAAUGCUGACAUGCAAAGAGUUGGCAAAGCCCCCAAAAAUAAGAAUGGGAGAUUGGGAAGCCAUCCCUCUGUCAAGGGAACAGCUCCAAUAUGCUGCCACUGAUGCCUUUGCAUCUUGGUACCUGUAUGAGGUUCUGAAGACAUUUCCAGAUCUUAAGCCCGAGACUGAAAAUAUAAUAGCGCAGAAUGACGUUGCACCUUGACAGAGUGUUUUUAUGCCAGCAAUAUUAUGUUCUAUAAUUUGGCCAGUCAAAACUUUGGCGAUAUGUACCGGAUAUUUAUCACUAUAGCUUUCUCAGGUACCUUCUAGAUUAUACUUUCUCAAAAAUAUUGUAUAGGUAAAAAUGGAUAAUAAAAAGGGUAGAAGGUUAGUAUCCUUAUCAUGUGGUCAUCUUGACUUGGAGGCUUCAAAUGAUGCCAGGGGAAAGCGGCAAAACCCUAAACCGGUGAGAAAAACAAGUCAAUUAGAAAAAAAAAUGGUGGAGCCUGGUAAAUUGGCAAAUAUGUAAAAAAAAUUUACACUAGUGCAUUCUUGUCGUGUUACCCAUUACCUUGUUGUGUAUCUGGCAUCAGAAUCUCGACUUUAUCUGAUUCUUGUGUGAUGUGAGCUGAACGAGAACUGGCUUGACAACGAAAUCUCUGUAAUUUGGUUGGAUGUUAAUCUAUAUUUAUUCAUUUCGCGAUGUUAAAUGUUA